AUGUCUCAGGAACCUGGAACUAUGGGUUUUGAAUCACGGCUGGAAUUUGUCGAGGCUUAUUACAUGUUAACUGAAACUGUUGUCCUCAAGGUUGGUAUGUCAUGUGAAGGUUGUGUUGGGGCUGUGAAGAGGGUUUUGGGCAAAAUGGAAGGUGUGGAAACAUAUGACAUUGAUUUGAAGGAGCAAAAAGUCACAGUGAAAGGAAACGUGCAGCCAGAUGCUGUUCUUCAGACCGUCUCAAAGACCGGUAAGAAGACUACCUUCUGGGAAGAAGAGGCACCAGCUGAACCCGCAAAGCCUGCAGAAACUGUGGCUGCUGCAUAA